AGAAUGGGGGGAAUGGCACACACAAAGGCUUGCAGUCAGCUCUCUGUUUGUGCGCGGAAUUGCCCGAAGGUCUCCAAAAGACGGGAGUAGGUGAGAGCCGCAUUCGACUCAAUGCCACGGCUUGCGACACCCUCCUCUCCACUCAGUGGAGCGCGCGCACGUCAAGCAGCUGUCGCAGGAGGAGGAGGUGGAAAACGGGAUUAACGCGAGAGAAGAAAGGGUCUCUCGCCCCAUUCGUCAUUCGUUUUCGCUCUCUCAGAAGGCAGUAAAUAAAGGUGGGUGUUCCGUACGCUCAAGCGUCUCGGCAACACACACUCUCUGGCCCUGCCGUGUGCCCUACUACUCUUCAACGUUGAGCAGAAAGGCGGCAAUGUCUUCGAGCAUGGAUGCCGUCGUGCCCGACACCUUCUUGAUGCGCGACCCGCGGACGGAGGGCUGGCCGCUAGUAGGCAGCAAGCAGUUUCUAAUCACGCUGCUUCUCGGCUACGUCUACUUGGUCAAGAUCGGCGGCCCGCGUUUCAUGAAGGGCCGGAAGCCUUUCGAUAACCUGAAGCCGGUGAUCAUGCUCUACAACUUGUCCAUGGUGUUCCUCAACGCGUACUUCGUGUACAACUUCCUGAUACGUUCGUACUUCGGCGGCGGCUACAGCAUCGUCUGCCAGGGCAUCAACUACCAGGCCCGCGACCAGACCACCAUGGAGUUCCUGGAGCUGUGCUACUGGUACCUGUGGGUGCGCAUCGCCGAUUUCCUAGACACCAUCUUUUUCGUGCUGCGCAAGAAGGACUCGCACGUGUCGUUCUUGCACGUCGUGCACCACAUUCUGGUCGUCUUCAACGGCUGGUUCGGGCUCGCGUACGGCCCCGACGGACAGGUUGCGCUCGGCCUGACGCUCAACAGCUUCGUGCACGUGGUCAUGUACUCCUACUACUUCCUGUCACUUCUGGGGCCCUCGGUGAGGCCCUUCCUGUGGUGGAAGCGCUACUUGACCCAGUUCCAGCUGGUGCAGUUCAUCAUCAUGUUCAUCCACUGCACCAUCCCUGUCUUCAAGGAGUGCGGCUACCCCAUGACCCACAUGAUGAUCACCAUUCCUCAAGCCCUGUUCUUCUUCGGCAUGUUCAUCCGGUUCUACGUGCAGGCCUACAACAAGCAGCCCGGCAAGCUUGCCGCUGCGGACAAGAGCCAGUAGGUUCACGAUGACCAGGCGAGUACGGGCUGCGCGACUGCUUCGUCGCCGCUCAGUGCGCGUUUCCCUCUCAGGCGGCAACUCUUCAAACACGCCGCUUGCAGACUUGCCGCCCAAAGGAUCUCUGUCGGAAUGACUGAUGGUACAGUGAUUGAAAAUUUCCCGCCUUACGGAUGGCACGCGUUUGCCUGACGCCGAAUGUGCUGCAAGUCAAAGCAGCGAGAGGACGCAAAUUCAUUGGUACCGCGUAUUGCUAUGCCGGAUUGAGCAUCACUGCGCACCUGACAGACUGUUUUUAUGUUCUUAGCCAGACAGCCGUGCGACAGGUGGAUGAAGAAAGUGGUUGUGAAGUGCUUUUGUAUAAUUAUGCUGUGCCGCUUCAUCCUUAGCCUGAAGCUCGAAACAUCGUGUUCACUUUUAUGUACAGUCCGAUAAAAGCAACCUAAUUCAAAUGUAGCUACUCUGUGGCAAACACAUCUCAUGUAAAUAAAUGCACAUUCGGGCCCUUUGGGCUUCUCAA